AUGAAAAGGUUAUGGUUAUACAAUGAAGAGUUCAAAGACUUACGGAACAACCCUAAGAUAUGGAAAUCACCUGUCUUCUAUUAAUGAUGUUCAGUCCACUGAUCUACUUCAGCCUCGGUCAGAGAAGUGCCUCUCUGCUCAUUAGUCCUGACAGAUCUCAAUUCUUUGAAUAUGAAUCUGUCUCUCUGAGAUGUGAGAUUAAGGGGAACUCUACUGAAUGGACACUGAAGAGAUACACAUCAACUGGAAAACAUUUAGGUUCUGUAAUCAACUAUAAGAUAGAAACAGCCAAAACAUCCGACAGUGGAGAGUACUGGUGUGAGUCUACAUCUGGAGAACAGAGCAAUACUGUUAACAUCACAGUACAUGGUGGUCAUGUGAUCCUGGAGAGCCCCGCCCUUCCUGUGACUGAGAGACAUUCUGUGACUCUGCGGUGUAGACUUAAGACAACUUCUAACAUCACAGCUGACUUCUACAAAGAUGGAUCCUUCAUCAAGACUGAGUCUACAGGAGAGCUGACCAUCCCUGCAGUUUCUGGGUUUUAUAAAUGUAUUAUCCCCAUGAAGGGAGAAUCACCAGUGAGCAAAAUGAUUACAACAGAUGACACUCCAACUACUUUGAUUGUCCAUCCCAACAGAUCUCAGUUCUUUGAAUAUGAGUCUGUCUCUUUAAACUGUAAGAUUCAGGGGAACUCUACUGGAUGGAGACUGAAGAGAUACAAAUCAACUGGAAAGAUUUCAGAAUCUGCAGUUGACAGGGGGUUCAAUCAUGGAUCCAGCUAUGAGGUAACAACAACCAAAACAUCAGACAGUGGUGUGUACAGAUGUGAUUCUGGGUCUGGAGAACACAGCAAUGCUGUCAACAUCACAGUACACGAUGGUGCUGUGAUCCUGGAGAGCCCCACCCUUCCUCUGACUAAAGGACAUUCGGUGACUCUGAACUGCAGAUACAAGAAAACUCCAUCUGACCUCACAGCUGAUUUCUACAAAGAUGGAUCCCUCAUCAGGACUGGGUCUACAGGAGAGAUGGCCAUCCCUGCAGUAUCACAGUCAGAUGAAGGAUGGUACUGGUGUCAACAUCGGGAAUUAGGAGAGUCACCACAGAGCUUUAUGAAUGUGACAGGUUCAACCCCAGACCCAUCUCCAUCUAUAUCUCCAAUCCCUGAGGUGUCCAUGUCUCUGUCCAGACUGUUGUGUAGUCUACUGGUGGUGUCUCCAUACCUGGUGGUGACCACUGUACUGAUGGUGAAAUGCUACAGAACCGAGAACAGUGGUCAAAGACAGCUAGGAGUUUCCGGGUCAGGUGGUUCUGAGGCGUGUUCCUCAGCUCAGGUCCUCCUGCAAUGAUGGAGAGAAACCUAAGAGCCAACAGCACACCAAAGGAGAUGACUGAAAUACACCAAACAGGACAGACUGACCCCAGGCCCACGGUAGUUAGGUUAACACUUAACCUUAUGAGUCACCGAUCACGCUGGCGUGAUCAAAUCACAUGACCGGUUUAAGAUGUCCAAGCAUAAAAAACGAAGUCACGUUGAGCGCUGCAUUCCACUUCUGUCGAAAGUGCUGGCUUGAAACUCCAUUCUAGUUUUUGUUUUAUGUCGAUAGACCAAAUAAAAACUGAGAUUGGAUCAUUUAUAUUUUAUAUAAAAAUCAUAUUUACACGUAUGUUAAAGAAUGCAACAUGGAAUAG